AUGAGAUCCACUUUUUUCACUGUUGGGAGACUGGAGUCCUACCUAAAAUUGAACUGGACGGUCAGGCUUGCCCUCAUGGUGUUAGGUACAGGCACUAUUGGCAUUUCAGGAUUUCAGGACUAAAUAUCAAAUAAAUGUUUUUAUUUUACUUUAAAUUUUUAUUAGUAUUUUCACUGGGUAUAUAAUUUUAGGUUGACAAUUUUUUCCCUAUUUUUUAAAGAGAUUAUUCCAUUGUCUUCUGACUUUCAAUAUUUCUAAUAAGAGGUAAACUGUCAUUCUUAUCUUUAUUUCUCAUCUAAUAGAGCCAGAGCAAAAACCUUUGGGUUUUUUAUCUCUUGGGUUUUAAAUCAUUGAUAAAGUCAAGAUUAUCAGUGAGGAGCAGAAACUAUCUUAGCUAGAAUAAACUAAAAGGAGGGCAAUUUGUUAUAAGGAUUGGGUAAUUCAUGAAACCCAAGGGUAGGACAGCUGGGUCUAGACAAACAGGAAUUGGAAGGCCAUUAGAAACAGACAUCCUCAGCCUGCUAAAGUUUCAUUGUGUUUCGUUCCUCUUACUCUUUGCCAGACCAGUGUUCUCUCCAUCUCCAGUCCAUAAUGUGAAUGUAACCCUCCCCCCGCCAGUUACAGUUCCAGGGUUCUGCAAGAUUAACUAGCAGUCUUUCAAUUCUAAAGUUAAAUUACAGGAAAAUUUGGCAUCUGACUGGCUCAGCACAGUGCAGGUGCCCAUCGCUGGUCCAUCCAACAGUGGUCAGAGGAGAUGGGAAACAUUAUAGUAUAUACAGGACUUUGGGGGGGCCUGUCUCCAUAAAAGAGGAGGGGGGGUGGUAGUGAGAGGGAAGUUCCCUGAGAAUGAGGAAUUGCUAUGUUCUGGGCAAUCACCUCUAAAGAUGUCCUAGUCAAUCUUAUUUUCUCUAGGGAAGAGGCUCUUUCUGUACAGGAUGAUGGGAAGUCAUCGAGUACAUGCAAUGGCUGGAUUUUUUUUCUAAUGCAUAUUCAGUCUACAUAUCCUAAGCAUAGACCAAAGCUUUAGUUUCAUGGCCCUCAGGGGUUUCUGUUCCAUACAUCAUUUCAUCUAUCUUUGCUGUAUUUGUUACUUUGCGAUGGGGAGCACAUAUUUUAAUGCUCUUCUGUAACCACUAAAUUAUAUAAAGCUCAUGAUCAUUGUUCCAGUCUUGUUUUCUACCACAUGGUAAACUCACCCAACUCUCUGAAACUAUGCAAAUUUCCCCCAGGCGCCAUGCUCUCUCAUGCAAGUUUUUGCUCCUACAUUUUUUUUCUUUAGUUUGCCUCGCUCUUUCAUCCCUGAAAGCUUAUACUAUCAUCCCCUCUUCUAGGUAACCCUCUCCCACUCCCUUAGGAAGCUAAUUUAGGUGUCCUUACCUUUGCUCCCACUACCACAUGUGUCACUCACCACACCAUAUGGACUCAUUCAUUUUCUGGUUUGUUUCUUUAAGGGAAAUAUCACAGUUCAGCCUAUACCACCAGUGUCUCAAAAAGGCCUGCCACAUAGUAGGCCCUCAUGAGAAGGAACAAAUGAAUAAAACGAGCCUCGGUUCUGGAAAGUCUGGCUUUAUAUUUUCUUGUGUCUAUUAUCCACAGCUCUAGUGUAGAAGUUAGGAGUUCAGGCUCUGAUGCCAGACUUCCUGGGUCUGUAUCCCGUCUCUGCCUAGUUUCCUAGUUGUGCGAACUUGAGUAAGUUGACUUAAAAUCUCUGUGCCUCAGUUUCCUCAUCUGUAGAUGGUAUAAAAACAGUACCUACCUGAGAGAGUCGUUGUGGGGAUUAAAUGAGUUAAGUGCAUAAAGUUUGGCACCUAGAGGGUAUUCCAUAAGUGUUAGUUAUUAUUAUCAUCAAACAUCUAAAUCACUGCCAAAAAAGCCUUUGCAGAUUCAGGUGUGUGUCAUGAGCAAUACAUUCUGCAGAAAAGGUUUGUGCUCUUAGCAGUCAUUGACCCUUAAAAGAGAUUCACAUGGUCUUUGCCUAGUGGUGCUUCCAUUGUGUGCUCUAAGAGAUUAGUAACCUAAAGUUAUCUGGGGAUUGAGGAAUGGGUUAGAAGCUUCACCAGGGGAUGUUUUCUAUAGCAAGAGAGUGUGUUUAUCAUAUUUUAUUUUGAUUGUAUUUGAUGAAUGAUUGAGCUUUUUGGAGACAGGUGAAGACAUUUUGGUGGAGUGAUUAGAUAUGUGAUUUCCUGGAGUCUUAGCAUUCUCAGCCUUGAGGAGUUGUGGGUGGCAAGGUUGGUGGCCUGAAAAUAUCCUUUUAAGAGCACAGGGCUGGAUAGGGUUUUUUUUGCAGAAACGGAUAAACUGCCUCUGAAAUUUGUAUGGAAACACAAAAGACUUAGAAUAGCCAAAACAAUUUUAAUAAAAGAACAAAGUUGGAGGACUUUCAUUUCCCAAUUUCAAAACUUACUCUAUAAAGCUACAGUCAACAGAGUGUGAUAUUGGUAGAAGGAUAGACAUAAAGAUCAAUGGAACAGAAUUGAGAGUCCAGAAAUAAUUUUUUAUAUUUAUGUUCCAUUGAUUUUUGACAAGGGUGCUAAGGCAAUUCAUUGGAGAAAGGAUAGCCUUUCUAACAAAUGGUGCUGGGACAACUGGAUAUCCACAUGGAAAAAAGAUGAACUUAGGGCUUCCCUAGUGGCACAGUGGUUAAGAAUCCACCUGCCAAUGCAGGGGACACAGGUUCAUUCCCUGGUCCAGGAAGAUCCUACAUGCUGCAGAGCAGCUAAGCCCAUGUGCCACAACUACUGAAGCCUGCGUGCUCUAGGACCCGAGUGCUGCAGCUACUGAAGCCCAUGUGCCAGCGCCCGUGCUCCACAACAAGAGAAGCCACCGCAAUGAGAAGCCCACGCAAUGCAAUGAAGAGUAGCCCCCACUCACCACAACUAGAAAAAGCCUGUGCACAGCAACGAAGACCCAACGCAGCCAAAAAAAAAAGACGAACUUAGACGUUUACCUUAUACCAUACAUAAAAAUGAACUCAAAAUGGAUCGUAGACUUAAAUGUCAGAGCUAAAACAAUUAAACUUUUAGAAAACAAAAAAAUUGGAGAAAAUCUUCAGGACCUCAGUUUAGGCAAAGAUUUCUUACAAGACACAGUCUAUGUAAGAACAAAAACUGAUACAUUGGACCUCACCCCAUCAAAAUUUAAAAUAUUUGCACUUAAAAAUGUAGCAUAAAGAAAAUGAAAAGACAAACAGUAGACUGGGAGACAAUAUUUGCAAGUCGUAUUAUCUGAUAAAGAAUUUGUAUUGAGAAUAUACACUCAUACACCUCAAUAAUAAGGCAAAAAACUCAUUUUAAAAAUGGGCAAUAUAUUUGAAUAGAAAUUUUACCAAAAAAGUUACACCAGUGACAAAUAAGCACAUGACAACAUGGCCAAUGCCAUUAGUCAUCAGAGAAAUGCAAAUUAAAACCACAAUGAGAUACCAUUUUAUACCCACUUGAAUGGUUAUACAAAAAAAAAAAAAAAACAGACAACAAAUAUUGGUGAAGAUGUCAGAAAUGGGAGUCCUCAUAUAUGCCACUGGGAAUGUAAAAUAGUGCUGCCACUUUGGAAAAUAAUUUGGCCGUUUCUUAAAAGUUUAAACAUAUACUUGCCAUACAGUCCACCAAUUCCACUCCUAGGUAUUUCCCCAAGAGAAAUGAAAAGAUUUUUCCACGGAAAGAUUUGCACACAAAUGUUCUUAACAAUUGUAUUCAUAAUAGCCAGAGAUUGGAAGCAACCUAAAUGUCCAUCAAUGGAUAGACACAAUGUGUUAUGUCCAUACAAUAAAAUAUACCACAGAAAGCAGAAAAGGAGGCACAAACUACUGACACAAGUUGUGACAUGGACAAACCUGAAAAUCAUCAUAUUAAAUGGAAGAAGCUAGACACAAGAGACAAUAUAUUGUAUGGUAUAUAGUGUGUUGAUGCCAUUUAUAUGAAAUGUCUAGUAAAGGCAAAUCUAUAGAGAGAGAAAGAUUGAUGGUUGCCUGGGGCAGUGUGGGGUAUGGGAGAUGGGGACUAACUGUGAAUAUGAGGGAUAUUUUUGGGAUGAUAGAAAUGUUCUACCUGCUUUGUGCUUUAUGGUGAUGCUUCCACAACAUGGUAAAUUUACUAAAAAUCAUUGAUUGUCCACUUGAAAUAGGUGAAUUGUGUGAUAUGCAAAAUAUACCUCAGUAAAGUCAGAGGAGGUAGUAUGGGGUGGUGGGGGUGGGAGGGGGUGGAAGAAAGGAGGAGGAGAGAGAGACAGAGACAAAGACAGAGACAGAGAAUGAGAAUAGGACUGCAUGGAGCCAGGCUGUGUGGAUCUGAAAUAGCAAGUCUAACCUCUCUUUGCCUCAGUUUCCUGUCAGUGAAGUUGGGGAAAAUAACAAUUAACUAUCCACAAAGUAGUGUUGGGAAGAUUGUGAUAAUAUGUAAACAAUGCUUAACACAAAGUUUGGACCAUAAAGAGAGCUCAACAAAUAUUAGCCGUAAUAAUUAUUAUUAUUGGUGGUAGUAUUUAACCUACGGAGGAUCCAGCUCUGAUUUAUAUCAACUAAAUUCAAAUCCUGGAGAAGGAUUUGGACUACGACUGCAGAGGGCAGUGACUCAUCUUGUGGAAAUGACUCUGGGGGAAUCUGAGAGUCUAAAGCACAGUAUUUGUCAGUCACCUGCAGGCUGGGGGUUGGAGCCCUGGAGCCUCACGGAUGAAGGCUGUUUCUUCAUGGCGGCAUCAUUUAUGGAGGGGUCAUCCUGCCGCCUAUCAAUGUGGGAGCAACAUGUGCUAUUUCUACUCCAGUCCAACAAUGAUUUAUGUUAUACCACUACAUUCCAGAUCCUAUUGGCUUGGAGGACAGGUGAUUUGGGGGCACAGAGGAGGGAUACCUAACCUUGUGUAUGAGGGUUUCUAGAGGAAGAGAUAUCCCUGUGAGACUUAAGAAUCCCUUGACAUCGGGCUUCCCUGGUGGCGCAGUGGUUGGGAGUCCGCCUGCCGAUGCAGGGGACACGGGUUCGUGCCCCGGUCCGGGAAGAUCCCACAUGCUGCGGAGCGGCUGGGCCCGUGAGCCAUGGCCGCUGAGCCUGCGCGUCCGGAGCCUGUGCUCCACAACGGGAGAGGCCACAGCAGUGAGAGUCCCGCGUACCGCAAAAAAAAAAAAAAAAAAAAAAAUCCCUCGGCAUUUCCCAGAUGAAGGGUGAGGAGAGUUAUUCAGACAGAGGCUACAGUCUGAGUAAACCUCAGAGGUGAUAGGGAGCUUGCUGAAUUCAGUGAAAAGCUGACAUAAAGAGCAGAGUGACAAGAAACAAGGCUGGAGCCCCACAGAGGGCCUUGUGUGCCAUGGUAAAGAAUUUAGACUUAUCCUGAGGAUGAAGAGCAGUAAGCAGGUUCUAGGACCUGCUCAGUCAUCUUCAGUUCAGUGGUCCCAGUGGCGCUUACACACCACACCUUGAGUGAUCCUGCUGUUGGUCAGGACCAGAUAAAUGCCCUCCUAGAGGUUUGUGGCCUGGGUUUUGCAUUUAGCCUCCUCAAGUGCAAGUGUUCCUCCAAGGACCACAUCCAUACUGGUGUCUCACAGAAAAAGUGUUUCACGCCUCCCUCGAGAGGCAUAAGAGGCCAUAAUGUGGUCGCUGAGAGCCUGUCUUAGGGGCCAGACCUCAGAAAAGCAGAGGACUUGUGAAUGUUUCACACACUUCGCCCUGGGUGCCUGCUCUGGCUGAGAGCGCAUUAAAAGCCCCAGCGACCGAGGGGCAGGUAUUGUCCUGGUUACUAUGGCAUCACCUUGGAAAGGAUCGCUCAGGGAAAGCCACAGCUGAGCCGAGUGAGCCAGGAGGGGAAUGUGGUCUGAAGCAGCAGGAGGGGCUGGAGAUAGGCUGCAGAUGCUGUCGCUGGUCUCGGGACACCUCGUGGGCUGGAGCCCACUUUAGCUUCUCCAGCUGCAGCCCAGGGCAGGAGCCGGGCUGCGCUCAGCCUGAGAGUGGCUGCCUGAGACAGCACCACAGGCUGCUGCUGAGCUGGGAGCUGAGAGGGGCCGAAUUCCCAGUCACACACCACUUGGCCUCUCCUUUUUUUGGCAGGGGGUGUUGUCUCAUCUUGAAAGAUUUGAGCUGGGUUUCAUCUUCUUUUUGAUUUUUAGUAGUCACCUGUAUGAGAACUGACUUCCAGGUGUUCAUCGAGGAAAGCAGAGUGGUCCCCACGCUGGAAAUGAGAAAGGAUGACAAUUUCCGAGACUGACUGUUGACGGCUUGGAGAUACCCCCUUUUCAAAAUGCCUUUUAAGGCAUUUGAUACCUUCAAAGAAAAAUUUCUGAAACCUGGAAAGGAAGGAGUGAAGAAUGCUGUGGGGGAUUCGUUGGGGAUUUUACAAAGGAAAAUUGAUGGGACCAGUGAGGAAGAAGGUAACAUUGAGCUGAAUGAAGAAGGAAGGCCAGUGCAGGCAUCCAAGCAGAGCCCCCCACUCUGUGACUGCCACUGCUGUGGCCUCCCCAAGCGCUACAUCAUUGCCAUCAUGAGCGGGCUGGGAUUCUGCAUUUCCUUUGGGAUUCGGUGCAACCUUGGAGUUGCCAUUGUGGAAAUGGUCAACAACAACACUAUAUACGUUGAUGGAAAACCGGAAAUUCAGACAGCACAAUUUAACUGGGAUCCAGAGACGGUGGGCCUUAUCCAUGGAUCUUUCUUCUGGGGCUAUAUUGUGACACAAAUUCCAGGUGGUUUCAUUUCAAAUAAGUUUGAGGCUAACAGGGUCUUUGGAGCUGCCAUCUUCUUAACAUCGACCUUGAACAUGUUCAUUCCUUCUGCAGCCAGAGUACAUUACGGAUGUGUCAUGUGUGUCAGAAUUUUGCAAGGUCUAGUGGAGGGUGUGACCUACCCAGCCUGCCAUGGGAUGUGGAGUAAGUGGGCACCGCCUUUGGAGAGAAGCCGACUGGCCACAACUUCUUUUUGCGGUUCCUACGCGGGGGCAGUGAUUGCCAUGCCGCUGGCCGGCGUGUUGGUACAGUACAUGGGAUGGGCCUCUGUCUUUUAUAUUUAUGGUAUAUUUGGGAUUAUCUGGUACAUGUUUUGGCUGUUGCAGGCCUAUGAGUGUCCAGCAGUUCACCCAACAAUAUCCCAUGAGGAAAGGACCUAUAUAGAGACAAGUAUAGGAGAAGGAGCCAACUUGGUUAGUCUCAGUAAAUUUAAUACACCAUGGAAAAAAUUUUUUACAUCGUUGCCGGUUUACGCAAUCAUUGUGGCAAAUUUUUGCAGAAGCUGGACCUUUUACUUGCUGUUAAUAAGUCAGCCUGCUUAUUUUGAAGAGGUCUUUGGAUUUGCAAUAAGUAAGGUGGGUCUCUUGUCAGCACUCCCACACAUGGUGAUGACAAUCAUUGUGCCUAUUGGAGGACAACUGGCUGAUCAUUUAAGAAGCAGAAAAAUCUUGACCACAACUGCUGUCAGAAAAAUCAUGAACUGUGGAGGUUUUGGCAUGGAGGCAACCUUACUCCUUGUGGUUGGCUUUUCACAUACCAAAGGGGUGGCUAUCUCCUUUCUGGUGCUUGCCGUAGGAUUCAGUGGUUUUGCUAUUUCAGGUUUUAAUGUCAACCACUUGGACAUUGCCCCCCGCUAUGCCAGCAUUCUCAUGGGGAUCUCAAACGGAGUGGGAACCCUCUCUGGAAUGAUCUGUCCCCUCAUUGUGGGCGCGAUGACCAAGCACAAGACCCGUGAGGAAUGGCAGAAUGUGUUCCUCAUAGCUGCCCUGGUGCACUACAGUGGCGUGAUCUUCUAUGGGGUCUUUGCUUCUGGGGAGAAACAGGAGUGGGCUGACCCUGAGAACCUUUCUGAGGAGAAGUGCGGAAUCAUUGACAACGAUGAAUUAGCCGAGGAGAUAGAACUCAACCAUGAGAGUUUCACAAGUCCCAAAAAGAAGAUGUCCUAUGGAGCUACCACCCAGAAUUGUGAAGCCCAGAGGAAGGAAUGGAGCGGACAGAGAGGAGCGACUCUUGAUGAGGAAGAGCCGGCAUCCUACCAGAAUGAAGACGGAAACUUCUCAGAUACAUCCUAAUGUCUGAGGGGCACUUCUGGCUCCUCCUCACUUUAGAACCAGAAAGUAUCCAUACCUAUUGCUUUCUAUUGCCAGAGGGUCAACUCUAGGGACACUGGAUGUGGGGUAGGGGAGAGGAGGUUUACCUAGCAAUAGGGGAAAGAUAGAUAUUUUCUUGCAAUGACAACCUGCUCUAAGUUGAUAAAAUGGGUGGCUAUAAUGUUUUUGAUUGGCAGUUGACUCUUCUAAGAACUAAACGUAUUCAGGAAAGAAUGACUAGAAAUAUAAGAAAGACAAUACCAUGUUUUUCAAAGAAAAAUGGAAGGAAAUGGGAAUAUUUGGCCUGGAGGAGAGAAAACAAUAGUUUCCACUACAUUUCUGAGAGCAGCCAUGCAGAGGAGGGUUUCCUACUCCUAAUAAAGGCCACGGCUUACAAAGGCCCUGUAUUGUGCCAGGUACUUUAUAACAUUCUCAUUUAAUCUCCACACCACUAUGACAUACAUUUUUUUUUUUUUUUUUUUGCGGUACGCGGGCCUCUCACUGUUGUGGCCUCUCCCGUUGCGGAGCACAGGCUCCGGACGCACAGGCCCAGCGGCCAUGGCUCACGGGCCCAGCCGCUCUGCGGCAUGUGGGAUCUUCCCAGACCAGGGCACGAACCCGCGUCCCCUGCAUCAGCAGGCGGACUCUCAACCACUGUGCCACCAGGGAAGCCCUGACAUACAUUUUUUAUCCCCAUUUUACAACUAAGGAAAUGAAAGCAACAGGAGAUUGACUUGCCCAAGGUCAUUCUGCCACGGACAGUGCUGAGAUUGGUGGAAUCCAAAAUAGGUGGCAGUUUUGGAGAAGAACGUUUCACUUCAGAUUAGAGAAGACAUUUUUAAUAAUGAAAACUGAAAAUGGAGUGGGUUGUCAUGUGGAUAAUUCCCUAUUUUAGCAGGCAUGGGGGAUGGAAAACAUUUGGGUUGAUGUGUCGGAGAGCGCUCAAAUAUUGUGUGAGAGACUGGGUUCAAAGACCUUUGGGGCCCUAGGUGGUCUGAAGAGCCAAAUGAUUCUAUGAAUCCAUAGUUUUUCUAAAUAAUAAGGGUUACAGACUAUAUGAGAGAUUCAAAUAGGUUAAACAAAGAAAAAUAAAAAGCUAAGCAACACAGCAAAUUUCCAGGAAUCUGAUGGUCAGAAUGGUGAGAAGAACUAAAUUUCAACCCUUCAUAAUAUCAAGAAUGUGUUUAAAUAACGUCCCAAAUUACUUGUAAAUCUUUAAGACGUUUACUAAUUUAAGAAGUUGGUUCAUGCAUUUUAUUAGGUAAAAUUCUCUUAGAAGAGUCCUCUGUUUUAAAAAAUGUAUGUCUUUAGCCAUUUCUGCUGGUGAUAUUAGGAAAUUUGAUCGAAUUAUACAAAAUUAUGAUUGAAAUAUUCCUAAUGACUCUACUUGGAAUGAUAUUCAGUGAAACCACAAUAAUACAGCAUUAGUUAAACAGUGAAAUACUACAAUGUAAACAUCUGGGACAACUAGACUCAUAGUGUUGAAAAAUUAAUCUUUGCAUAAGGCAAUAACAUGGAUACUCUCUAAAUAUAUUUUAAAAUUUAAUGAUAUUUUAAAACUUAAUGUUGGCAUGUAAAAGGUUGUUUGCAAAUAAAAUUAUUUCCCU